AUGGCUAGAAGAAGCCAGAGAAUUUCAGAGAAACCCAUCAAAUCUGAAUCACUGGACAAAGUUUCUUCUGAUUUAGAUGUUUCGGUGCGAACGUCAUCCCGAGUGGAGAAUGAUACUGAUUCAGAUUAUAUAAACACCAGCACCGUGUCUGGUGCAAGUGAUGAAAAGGGUCAACAGGCAACGAAGAAGAACCUUUCCAAACCCAAGAAACGAUCUAAGAAUAAAACGGAAUCGGACAGCAUACCUGCUUACUUCGAAUGGCGGUCUUCAAAUCCAGAUUACGAAAAACUUGAUGAUGACCCAUAUUUAGAUGAACUUCUUCAUUUUGAAAACACACUUCAGAAAAUAGACUCCUCCUCGAGGGUUACAGCAUUGGCCCUAAAAGACAGAAUAUUUUAUUGCUAUGGGUUCAAUUUUGGAAUAGUAAAGUCGGUUAUCGAUAGGCGUGAAGAAUGGGUAACUAAUGUCUUUCAUCCAUCGGUGUCCACUGUUGCUUCUGGUAAGUAUAACAUUAGGGAAAUCGAUCUAGCUUCAUUUCCAGAAACAAACUAUCAGCCUUUGGUGAAAAUGGAUGAUACUCUACCCAAACUUGAUAGGACCAUAUCCCUAAAGCUGGAUGACUCUCAAACUAUGACGCAUAUUCACCCUAGUAUGCUAAUAGAAAUCCCCAAUGAAAACGAUAGAGUUGCAAAACUAUUAAACACUGGUGGAUUCGUCUUGGAAACCAUAUGGCUUCCCAGCUAUGUGGCAGAGAAAGUUCCAGCAUACCUUCUCAUUUCACUUAAGGAUCAUGACCCUCAGGACGGAGCCUUCAAUCCACAAUUUUCUGUGUUCAAAAGACAACAGUAUCCUUCUGCUCUGCAAUUUUACAAGAUCAACCCGAACAAUUUGAACUCAAUUUUGCUGGUAACAAUCUACCUAAAAACUGGCGGUUUGACAAAUCUGAAAGUUCUUUCUGCUGAAGACAAUGUAGUUCAGUUAAUUGCGCUAUCCAGUGAAAAAACAAUUCAUUUGUACAAGCUCAUUUUAGAAGACACUAAAAGUGAAAUUUGCCUGACGGUAGACAAACCAUCUCUAGAGCUAUCAGUCAAGGAUCUUUUAAUCACAUCGUUUGAUAUGAUAUCUCCUGACAGAAUCAUUUUCGGAACCUCUUCCGGUACGAUUGGGGAGUUUGAUCUUUCGAAUAAAGAUCCGUUUUCUCCCGUUUACCUUUAUCAAACGCCGUUACAAUCCAUUGUACUUCUAAAGACCAACGGAAGUGACCUCCUCUACGAAGAUUCUCUGAAUAGCGAGCUUGUUGUUAUAACUUCAAUGGACUACAAAAGUUUGAUCCUUGACCUUGCAGAUAUAAUAAAGCUUGUCCGAACUGCUAUUAAACAAAGAUAUUUUUUAAAUCAGAUAGAGUACUCACCAUUUGCAAAAGUUUUUAUUGCUACCGAUGAUACUGCAUCCCUAACAUUAUUUGCUAGUAGGGAUUCUACUGCUAUCAUUUCGGGGGCCAGCCAUACUAACAGGAUCAACAGGAUCGGAAUUUCACCACUACAUCCGAUGGCACUAUCUGGUUCUGUCGAUGGUGAAGUUCGGAUUUCUAAUUCCUUUAGUAGUAUCUUUUUCAUGGCAAGAAGCAAAAGCAGACCUGUAAGUCUUUGCCUUUGGAAGUUAGAACAUUCCUCGUCAGAGGAUGCUUUUCGCUUGGUUUCUCAUUUGAAAGUUGGUAAAGCUGAGCAAAAGGUCACUUUGGACGCAACUAUUUUUCCCAAUUCCAUCACGUUUACAUCUCUCAGUUGGAAUGAAUCGAUCUCAAGUUGUAACUUGUACGCGGCUGGUUCUGCAUGCGGCCUGGUCAUUUUAGAAGCACUUGAAUCGGGGACUACGAAAAAAUAA